CGCGUGAAUGUGAUUAAAGACCUAUUCCAUUUCAAGGCGUUCGAUUCACACAAGCCAGAGAAACGAAAUGUGGCAUUUAAAAGACAAUAUUAAGGUGUGUCCGAUUCUUUGGCUUAUUUUCAACAUUUUCAAUCACAUUUCAAUGGAAGAAAUAACAUCCUUGCCAUUGACACACAUACAAAUACAACAGUGCCCCACCGCUAGUGCCAACCUAACACAAAGCCUCAAUGAACUGAACGAGAAUUUCCGACACUUGAUGACCAGCCAUUUGGAGUUCCUUGAAAAACUCCAAAUUCUCGAAGAGCGACAGCUCAAAGCAGAACAACAACAAAUGCAACAACAAAACAAGCUGCUGCAAAAACUUCAACAACUUGAAAAUUUAACAAAAGUUUCGGAAACUGUUAUACUACGCCGCCAGGAUGGUUCCGUGGAUUUUGAUCGCACCUGGCAAGAAUUCAAGCAGGGUUUUGGCAAUGCAUCUGGAGAGUUUUUCCUUGGUCUCGACAACAUACACAAGUUGACGAAUAGUGGUCCAUGCGAAUUGCUGAUCGUUCUUGAAGCCUGGGACAAUGAACGUCGGUAUGCGAAGUAUAACAAUUUUGUGGUGGGCAGUGAACGAGAAUACUACAAACUUCACAGUUUGGGACAAUACAGUGGCACCGCCGGUGAUGAUUUCUCCUAUAAUGUGGGUCAGAAAUUCACCACCAGGGAUCUGGACAAUGAUUUGCUGUCAAAUGCAAAUUGUGCGGUACGUUAUCGCGGUGCAUGGUGGCACACCGCUUGUUAUAAAUGCAAUUUAAAUGGGCCCUUCAAAAAGGGCAGAGUUCCCGACAUCGAACUUGGUCAAAUUGUACAAUGGCAUGCUUUCAGAGGUAAUCAAACGUCUUUGAAAUUUGCUGAAAUGACAGUGCGUUUAAAAUGAAGUCCCAGGGAGUGAGAUAUUUAAUACGAAUAAAAUAAUAAUAAAUUAUUAUAAAUAAUUUAUAAUUAUAAAUUAUUAUAAAUAAAAAAAUGACGGUUCUUGAAAAUU